AUGACCGGCUCCAGUCACGUUGCUGCGGCGGCGUCUUCGUCGUCUGCUGCAGCCGGAUCGACCGCGUCGAAAACGAUCGUGAUCAAGCUCGGAACAUCAUCGAUCAUCUCUGAGGAGACGCAGCUGCCCAAGAUCGCCAUCCUGAGCUCGCUAGUGGAGACGUGUCACAAGCUGCGCUCGCAGGGGCACAAAGUCGUCAUCGUGUGCUCGGGUGCCAUUGGGAUGGGUCGCAUCCGCAUGCACAUCACCGACCGUCCAAAGUCGCUCGGCGAACGUCAGGCUCUUGCAGCGCUGGGACAGCUGCGGCUGAUCGCGCUGUGGGACUCGCUGCUCGGUACGGUCGGGAUCGAGGUAGCCCAGGUGCUGCUUACGAGGAACGAUAUCGCAGACCGUCCGCGCUACAACAACGCGCGCACCACGCUCAACACGCUCAUCUCGGCACCGUUCAAUGCGAUCCCCAUCGUCAACGAGAACGACACGGUCUCGGUUUCUGAACUGCGCUUCGGCGACAACGAUACGCUCUCGGCCAUUACGGCGGGUUUGGUGGAUGCAGACUACCUCUUUCUGUGCACCGACGUCGAUGGGCUGUAUACGGGCAAUCCGCGCAGCGAUCCGAAUGCGCGACGGCUGGGAGUCGUCGAGGAUGUGGCGGCAGCACGCAAGGCGGUGUCCGUCGCGACGAUGGGAUCGAGCUUCGGCACGGGCGGCAUGCAGACCAAACUCAUCGCGGCCGAACUCGCCACUGCGGCGGGUGUGGCUACGGUGAUCCUCAACGGCGAGCAUCCGGAGAACAUGAUCCGCGUGGUGGAGAAGGGUAUUCCCUCGCAAGCGUCGUCGGGGGUUGCGGUAAAGAUGGACUCGCUGGCGUCAUCAGUGUCGUCGUUGGCGUCGGAGGAGAAGGAGCUGAUUGGGUAUCCGCCAUUGGAUGCACCGGCACAUACGAUCUUCAUGCCCAAGCCGAAUCCGCUUUCUUCGCGCAAGUGGAGCAUCUUGCAUGCGCUGCACCCGGCAGGGGCGUUGAUCAUUGACGAGGGCGCGUUCAAGCGCAUCGCACGCACCGACUCGGGCGGACGGCUGCUGCCCGCGGGUGUGGUGGGCGUCGAGGGCAACUGGGAACGCAUGCAGGCCAUCCGUCUCGUCGUGCGCCGCCGCAUCUCCAAGUCGGUCCCACACUCGAGCGGGCUCGAACAGGGUGCCCCACUCACCAAUUCCGCGCCCAUCGCAAGGUCGCUCGGACAGUACCUUCUGCGCACCGACAGCGAGGGGGCAGCGGGAACAAAGACCCCGCCCAUCAUCGACUCGCUACGCAAAGACGCCCCGACUCCGUCCAGUCCACUCGCCUCCGAGCCGUCAGCCAGUAUUGUUCAAGCGGACACUGCGGCGGGAGUUGGAGGUGCAGACGAGGGCGACGAGUGGGAAUGGCAGCUCAUCGAGGUGGGCCGAGCGCUAGCCAAUUACACGUCGAUCGAGAGCGAGAGGAUCAAAGGGCUGAAAUCGUCGCAGAUCACCUCGGUGCUCGGAUACGCCGAUUCGGACUAUGUGACGGAUCAGGUUGCGCUUCACACGCUCACUCUUCCCACUGCAUGA